CCUAAGGUCCCACAGUUGACAGUGCAAAAAUCUAUUUUAAUUCCAGGUUAUAAGGCAACAAAAUAAGGAAAAUGCCAAGGGGGGUGAAUACUUUCGCAAGCCACUGUAAAUGGUUCAGUUCACAUAAACAGUCAUUAUUUUCAGUUUGAGAGAUCAUCCCGGGCUUUGCCCCGUCUGCUGUAGCUGAGAUGUCCCUGGAGGACAUAGAACAACAAGACUAUGAUGUUUCUGACACUGAGACAGUCAGAGCCUUGUCCCAGUCUCUAGACCUGCCUGUCUGUGUGGUGGAUGACCACCUGACCUCUGAAGCUGUCAAUGAGAUGGAGCAGAGCAAUUCUACCAGGAGCAGAGCAACCUCAGUGAUGGAAACCACAGAAGAGGGGAAGCUCAACACUGUGGAACAUCUGACACUUAUGGACUUCCUUCAAAACCUAACUGAGAAGCAAUGGAGGGGGAUUCGUGAGGGCAUGUUUGACCCGCUGACAAAACAACAGCUUGCCGGCUUGUGUCUGAGGAUUGUCCAGUUUUUAUCGGACAAGCUGAUGCAGAUCAUCAUCCCAGGUCUUUACGAACUACUGGGCAUCCAAGAUGCUGCCUCCUCUCCAUUGUCACAGAGAUCUCUCACAGCGUCACUCACCAGUCUGUUAGACGAUAAGACUAACACCAAGUCCCGUGUGAGAUUUACUGAGGCUGGUGUACCUAAGAGGCCAGGCAGUCGAAAGUCUUACAAUAGCUUUCGCAUCCCGACUCCCUACCCUUCCUCCAACUGUAUGGAGCAGGAAGAGGAAGAAGGGCAGGAAUCACAACAUAAGUUCAAGGAGAUUUACCUGACUAAGGGCAGUGGAAGCUACCUGCCCAAUGGGGCCAUGAGGUAUGUUCUUAAAGGGAAAUUUAACAACUUCAUAUUCAUCUCCAGCAUCACCAUAUGCUCUAUGAUGCUAACCCCUGCUGUAAUGGCAGAGUUGGCUAAAGAUGUCAAGUCGGCCUUAUCAGUGGUCAUUAAGAGUGCCUCCGCUAGCCAAACCUCUCUAGUGACACCGGUAAGGGGAGACUCACAGACCAAGGUGACUGAGAGCAUGGUGAGAGAGCUGGCUGCUAAACUUGAAAAAGUUGACCAAGAGAGCAAGAGUCUAACAGGGCAAGUCAUGACCACCAUCUCUGACACAAUGGUGGCUUUUGUUGACGAGAACGAACAGAAUUUGCUGGAAGAUCUGAUGGACAAGAUCACAUUUUUGGCAUCGCAUGUUGGCUUCAUUGAGGAUCUUGAUGCCCUGAUAAGGAAAUACGAGAGCAGCUACAAUAUUAGUGAAUCUGGUUCCUCCUGCACGCUCACAUCUAAGAGCAUUCAAAAACUCUCCAGCCGGGAGUUUCAAACAUCAGCAAUACAAGCAAUAUUUGCUGAAGAGACAGUGAAGGGCUUCCUGAGACAGUGGUCAGAUGAGUAUGAAAAUAUAAACUUUGAUGUUUCAGUCCAGAACGAUCCAAAGACUUCUACUUGCAUGGUCAUUCUUCAAAUGAUCACCAAAGCCACUGCUAAAUGUUAUUUUGAGUCCGCUACCAGCGUGGCCACCAGUGACAUUGUAAAAGGCGUGUUUGAUUUGGAAAGGGAUACCAUCAGCGGUACUGGAGAGCAGGUCCUCACCUUUAACACAAAGGUAUAG